AUGAUGGUCGGGGGGGUAGGGGCUUGCCUUGCAGCAGGCGAGAUGCAGCAGCAGCAGCAGCAACAGCAGCAACAACAACAACAGCAACAGCAGCAGCAGCAGCAGCGGCAGCAACAGCAGCAGGAACAGCAACAGCAACAGCAGCAGGGUUUUUCUGCAGAUGAGGCUGCUGCUGAGGCUGUUGCUGCCAGCAGCAGCAGCAGCUGCAGCAGCGGCGGCCUUUGUAAUCGCAGCGCGAGCAGGAGCAUCAUCGACAAGAUCAGAAGCACCAGCAUCAUCAUCAGCAGCAGCAGCAGCAGCAACAACAACAGCGGGAGCAGAUGUGAAGCAGCAGCAGCAGCAGCAGCAGCAGCAACAACAGCAGCAGCAACAGCAGCAACAGAAACCGCACCUACAACAGCAACAGCAGCAGCAACUGCUGCAGCAGCUCGUACUUGCUCCCUCGAGGUGGUAGUGGGAGGCGCUCAGCAGCAGCCGUCGAUGCUGCAGCAGCAGCAACAGCAACAGCAGCAGCAGCUGCUGCAGCAGCAACAGCAGCAGUAA